AUGCGAUCAAACGUUCUCGGACGAUGUGCCAUUGCCCUCAUCUUCACAACUUCGAUCAUCCUGACCUUCUGGCAAUUUGCAAGUAUCUAUCGACGCAUGCAACAGUACCCUCCUUCGUCAUAUACGCCUCAGGACUCGACAUCGUACACGUUUACGCAGAGCAAAGCGACCAACAAUCGACCCACCAAGGUCAUUCGCAUCGAUCGAUCAGGCAGACUCGAACCCAGGAUAGGGGUAUGUACAGUUGUCGAGGAACACAAUCCCCCGACUCAGACAGCAUUCACCUAUGCUAGUCGACAUCCAACGUUCUUCGUUUCGCAGCCUAUCCUGGAUGGCUUGUGGUCAAAGGAAGCCGCUCUACUAGAGGUCUUGGAACAAGAACUGUCCGGACCUGGCAGUCGUCGAUUGCAAUGGCUCGUAUGGAACGACCUAGACGCGCCGAUACUCGACAGCCGCAUCUCAUUUGAGGACCUCCUCCCUCCAGACGAACGCCAAGACGUCCAGCUGCUCCACGCCAAAGGCAUGAUGAUGCUCAAAGUCUCCAACUGGAGCAUAGCAUUCCUCUCUGCCGUCACUGCUCGCCAGGCCAUGUGUGACGAAGAAUGUCUCUACGAUUGGGACCGCCACCCGACACAAGAUGUACUAAGAUCCGAGGACUUCAAGUAUCAGACGGUGGAGAUUCCAACCUGGUGGUCUGAGCCGUGUCACGGUGAGGAGGAAUGGGGAAUGUCUUCCAAGAAGCUAGAGCGGAUGCGAGCAUUCUGGAACCACGAAGAUCUCGUACGACGGAGUAGGAGAGCAGGUCGAGCCAGACAUGAUGAUCCAAGAGAACGGUUAUGGGAUUGA